AUGUUGACUCUCGCUACAGGUGAACGCGGCCAUGUUGACUCUCGCUACAGUGAACGCGGCCAUGUUGACUCUCGCUACAGUGAACGCGGCCAUGUUGACUCUCGCUACAGUGAACGCGGCCAUGUUGACUCUCGCUACAGUGAACGCGGCCAUGUUGACUCUCGCUACAGUGAACGCCGCCGUGUUAACCUCACUACAACGAACACAACCAUAUUAACCCCCGCUACAAUGAACACGACCAUAUUAACCCUCGCUACAAUGAACACCAGCCAUAUUAACCCUCGGUACAAUGAACACAGCUCUCAUACCCCUGACAAGAGUUCCAGGUGGGUGGCCAGGAGACCCAGCGACCAGUCCAGCCAGGGAGACCCAGCCCAGACCAGUCCAGCCAGGGAGGGCCCAGCCCAGCCCAGUCCAGCCAGGGAGACCCAGCCCAGACCAGUCCAGCCAGGGAAGACCCAGCCCAGACCAGCCAGCAGGAGACCCAGCCCAGACCAGUCAGCCAGGAGAGACCAGCCAGCCAGUCCAGCCAGGGAGAGACCCAGCCCAGACCAGUCCAGCCAGGGAGAGGCCCAGCCCGGACCAGUCCAGCCAGGGAGACCCAGCCCAGACCAGUCCAGCCAGGAAGACCCAGCCCAGACCAGUCCAGCCAGGGAGGACCCAGCCCAGACCAGUCCAGCCAGGGAGGACCCAGCCCAGACCAGUCCAGCCAGGAGAGACCCAGCCCAGACCAGUCCAGCCAGGGAAGACCCAGCCAGCACCAGCCAGGGAGAGACCCAGACCAUCCAGCGGGAGACCCAGCCCAGCCCAGCAGCCAGGAGAGACCCAGACCAGUCCAGCCAGGGAGACCCAGCCCAGACCAGUCCAGCCAGGAGACCCAGCCCAGACCAGUCCAGCCAGGGAGAGCCAGCCCAGACCAGUCCUGCCAGGGAGGCCCAGACCAGUCCAGCCAGGGAGGCCAGACCAGUCAGCCGGGAGACCAGCCCGACCAUCCAGCCGGACCAGACCAGUCCAGCCGGGGAGACCCAGCCCAGACCAGUCCAGCCAGGGAGACCCAGCCCAGACCAGUCCAGCCAGGGAGAGACCCAGCCCGGACCAGUCCAGCCAGGAGACCCCAGACCAGUCCAGCCAGGGAGGGCCAGCACCAGUCCAGCCAGGAGACCCAGCCCAGACCAGUCCAGCCAGGGAGACCCAGCCCAGACCGAGGAGGGCCAGCCCAGACCAGUCCAGCCAGGGAGACCCAGCCCAGACCAGUCCAGCCAGGGAGGGCCAGCCCAGACCAGUCCCGAGCCGGAGCCCCAGUCCAGCGGGAGGCCAGCCCAGACCAGUCCAGCCAGGGAAGACCCAGCCCAACCAGUCCAGCCAGGGAGACCCAGCCCAGACCAGUCCAGCCAGGAGACCCAGCCCAGACCAGUCCAGCCAGGGAGACCCAGCCCAGACCAGUCAGCCGGGGAGACCCAGCCCAGACCAGUCCAGCCGGGAGAGACCCAGCCCAGUCCAGCAGAGAGACCCAGCCCAGCCAGUCAGCCGGGAGAGACCCAGCCCAGACCAGUCCAGCCAGGGAGACCCAGCCAACCAGUCCAGCCAGGAGAGACCCAGCAGACAGUCCCCAGGGAGCCAGCCAGACCAGUCGCCAGGGAGGCCAGCCCAGACCAGUCAGCCAGAGACCAGCCCAGACCAGUCCGCCAGGGAGCCCAGCCAGACCAGUCCAGCCAGGGAGAGGCCAGCCCAGACCAGUCCAGCCAGGAGAGACCAGCCCAGACCAGUCCAGCCAGGGGAGACCCAGCCCAGACCAGUCCAGCCAGGGAGAGCCAGCCCAGACCAGUCCAGCCAGGGGAGACCCAGCCCAGACCAGUCCAGCCAGGAGAGACCCAGCCCAGACCAGUCCAGCCAGGGAGAGACCCAGCCCAGACCAGUCGAGAGACCCACCAGUCCAGCCAGGAGAGACGGGACCAGCCCAGACCAGUCCUGCCAGGGAGGGGCCAGCCCAGACCAGUCCAGCCAGGGAGAGACCCAGCCCAGACCAGCCAGGGAGAGACCCAGCCCAGACCAGCCAGGGAGAGAGAGUGA